AUUGGGGCGGGGGCGCGGUUGGCUUUCAUUACAUCAGCGGUGUGUGCUUCAGGAGUAGUUAGUGUGAAGCUUGAAGGGCUUUAAGUUGCUGGCUCCUGGUACCAGAUGCUGCUGCAAAUCUUAACAGGAGUAGUCUCCAAAAGACUGAAAUGGCAGCCUGGUGAGCGGGAAGAACAGGAAAGAGGGUGAAGAAGCAUUUGCCUCUGUUUGUUACCGAAGACAGUCUUGCACUUCUCUGAGCUUUCUUUCUUCCCUUGUAAAGUGAGCACCAUGGUCCCUGCCUUGUGUGCCUCUCGGGGGCCUUGUGAGGAGAGGAUGGAGCACUGCUUACUGAGCACACCAUUGGGUAAAGUUAUGAGUUUCUGGCUUCUGUGCGGAUGGGCAGGUGUGUUUGGAGACUGAGGGUCUAAAGAGGAGCGGAUUUCUUAUUGGUAGACCAUUUUCUGGCUCAAGGUUGGGGUAAGGUUUGUGGUGGGACGCACUUCUGUCACGAUGACUGCUCUUCCGGUGAGGUCACGGAGGGAGCGGUGGCAGGGAGCAAUGGCAGAUGAAAAGCACAGGAACAUUUCAUUGUUUGCUGACCUUUAGACCCCAACCCCAGGGAGGACUCUGAACUGGAGCAUGAAGCUUAGACUUGAGCCUUAUGGAAUUUCCCCUCCCCGCCCAAGUAUGAACACAGAUUUUACCACGUUCCCAAAGGAAGACACCCAGAGAGGGGAAUGCCAGAACUUCUUUAGGUUCCUAUGGGGCAGAGAGAAGAAGGACUUCUCCAGACAGGUUAUGUCACCGACAGAGGCUGCGCUGAAGCUCCCUGCGGCCCAGAGACCAUGUACAAGAGGGAUGGUCUGAUGGCUGGCGUGUUGGUCACCUCCGCCACUCCACAGGGUAGCAGCUCAGACUCUCUGGAGGGCCAGAGCUGCGACUAUGCCAGCAAGAGCUACGAUGCCGUUGUCUUCGAUGUCCUGAAAGUAACUCCCGAGGAGUUUGCUAGCCAGAUCACAUUGAUGGACAUCCCUGUGUUUAAAGCCAUCCAGCCGGAGGAACUCGCCAGCUGUGGAUGGAGUAAGAAGGAGAAACAUAGUCUUGCCCCCAACGUCGUGGCCUUUACCCGGAGGUUUAACCAGGUCAGUUUUUGGGUUGUACGAGAAAUUCUAACAGCACAGACUUUAAAAAUAAGGGCAGAAAUCCUGAGCCAUUUUGUGAAAAUAGCCAAGAAACUUCUAGAACUCAACAACCUUCAUUCUCUCAUGUCUGUGGUGUCAGCAUUACAAAGCGCACCCAUCUUCAGGCUGACGAAAACCUGGGCUCUUUUGAAUCGAAAAGACAAGACCACCUUUGAGAAGCUGGACUACCUGAUGUCUAAAGAAGAUAAUUACAAGCGGACCCGGGAAUAUAUCCGAAGCCUGAAGAUGGUCCCCAGUAUUCCCUAUCUAGGCAUCUAUCUUCUGGAUUUAAUCUACAUUGAUUCUGCAUAUCCUGCCUCAGGCAGCAUCAUGGAAAACGAACAAAGAUCCAAUCAGAUGAACAAUAUUCUCCGGAUAAUUGCUGAUUUGCAAGUUUCCUGCAGUUAUGAUCACCUCACCACCCUGCCCCACGUGCAGAAGUACCUGAAGUCCGUGCGCUACAUCGAAGAGCUCCAGAAGUUUGUGGAAGACGACAACUACAAACUGUCGCUCAGAAUUGAACCAGGAAGCAGCUCCCCGAGACUCGUCUCUUCCAAGGAAGAUCUCGCAGGCCCCUCCACCGGCUCCAGUUCUGCGAGGUUCAGCCGGCGGCCCACCUGUCCUGAUGCAUCCGUUGCGGGCAGCCUCCCCACACCCCCGGUCCCAAGACACAGGAAGAGCCACAGCCUGGGCAACAAGGGACGUCUCUACGCCACGCUGGGGCCCAACUGGCGAGUUCCAGUUCGGAAUUCUCCCAGAACCCGGAGCUGCGUCUACAGCCCCACCGGCCCGUGCAUCUGUACCCUGGGGAGUUCGGCCGCAGUCCCCACCAUGGAGGGGCCUCUGAGAAGGAAAACUCUGCUCAAGGAAGGACGGAAGCCUGCGCUGUCCUCCUGGACCAGGUACUGGGUCAUACUCUCAGGAUCCACCCUCCUGUACUACGGAGCCAAGUCCUUGCGGGGCACAGACAGAAAACACUAUAAAUCCACACCUGGCAAGAAGGUCAACGUCGUGGGCUGGAUGGUGCAGCUGCCCGAUGACCCCGAGCACCCGGACAUCUUCCAGCUGAAUAACCCCGACAAAGGCAAUGUUUACAAGUUCCAGACCGGUUCCCGAUUUCACGCAAUACUGUGGCACAAGCAUUUGGACGAUGCGUGUAAAAGCAACAGGCCUCAGGUACCUGCAAACCUUAUGUCAUUCGAGUAAGUCUCUGCGGGACUUCGCGUGACUUCAGAGGCUUCUGGGAGCCCAGCCUGGGACUGGUGGCCGAGCGCAGGUCCCGGACACAAGGCUGUUGGCGGGGUGUUGGGAGACUCACAGCCGGACUGGAGGGCACGCGGCUGCGGCCUCACAGUCCAGAGGGCUCCGCCGGUGCAGGGUCCACCUGCUGACCCCCAGCAACCCUCCUGACCCCCAUCCUGCAGCGCCACCUCACGGGGCCGUGGUCCCCAAACUCUACACCCCGCCCUCCCUCUCUGGGCCUUCAUCUGUCCACCAGCUGCUGCUGCGACCAGAGAGCAUCUGGCCCACGUUGGGUCCCCAGUGCUUUCUCCUGCACAAAAGAGUGGACGGCGUGCCCCCGCGAGGGGCCGGAGGGAAGGGACAGGCUGGGGAACUGGCUUUUUACACCCCCCGUGUGCGGGGUCGCUCGCCCCCAGGGCUGCCUCAGAUUUUGUAUAAACCCGGAAGCGUCCUCUGUGUGUGCGUGCUGUGUCUGUAUGCGUGCGAGCCAGAGUGACCUCUCCGAGAAACAUGCAUUUUGGCACAAGACUUGUGACGUCACACACUUCAUCCUCUUUGAGGCAGGCGCUGCUUUAACCUAACGCAACCGACUCGUCCGCCAAGGAAGGUCAGAGUGAGCCCAGAUGCCUCCUGUGUUAAGGGUCCCUCGCGUUCUUUUACUGUAAACAAACAAUGCCUUAAAUUGUGUCUUGUUUUCUGUUCCUAUGGGUGCUAUUCAUCUGGAAGGCUUGCUCCCUGGGCCCCCGGGGCCCUUCCAGGCCUUGUUGAUCUCGGCUCUUCUGAGACAGAACCUGGCUUCCGGACUGUGGACUGGGCCGGCGGCUGGCCUGCUAGCUUCCUCCCAGCCCCUCCCCGACAGGGCUUGAAGGCCCUGCUCCCCCCCCCCCCGCCCCCCAACGCCCUGUGCCAGAAUGGAAAGUUGUGAUGCUUUUUCCCAGCUUCUAGAGGCGGCACCUGCACCUGGUGACGUGACCGGCUGCACCGGCCCCCCCCACCCCCCACCCCUUUGCCUCCACUGCCAGGGCGGGGCUGCUAGGAUUCCUGAUUACACUGGGGAGCUGAGUGACACUGAGGCCUUAAGCUCCCCCACUCUUGCCCCAAACACAGUCACCAGCAAGUUCUCCAUCGUCCAAGUCUAAGGGCACAAUUGUUGAUGACUGCGGUGACGAGAGAGCAAAGCCCUGGGGAGUGACCCACCGCCUGAGUUCUGCUUUCAGCUAAAAGAGCUCUUGAUGUGAACAGUGUCCUUCAUGUGUCACUCUGUCAUAUUUUUAAGUGACUUUUAUUUUGCACAAAUACAUUUUCUUGAAAAUCAUGAAUAAACAUUAGCUUUAUUGCAGGUAGCUUUAUCACCAUAGCAUCUCCCCCCAGCCCUUCCCCCUUUCCUUCCCUCCCUCGCUCUCCCUCCUCCAUCCUCCUCCCGCCUCUUUUGAAUCUGGGUGUCCUAAUUCUCAGAAAGAAACCCUUAAUGACUUUCUGAAAGAGACUGAAUUCCUGGGUCCUUGUCGCUAUCGUGGUCUCAGAGCUCACACUGAUCAGACACCAAACUAUUCUUAAGAGUUGCUGGACACGAUGUUUUGAAACAACGUCUUAACCCAUAAACUGUAAUAGGUCAACUUAAAAACUCCCAAAGGACCCACCACUGUCUUUUGAUCUAGUGGCAGUUUUUCUGAAAAUUCAAGGAUUGGUGAGAAAAGUAGUUGUCAUCAGGAUCUUAUUUUGUGGUUGAGCCUUGCUGUGCUCAGUAACUUUGGAGCAACGUCUAGAAUACUUUCGUGCCAGGAGAAACUCCAGAUGGUAAAAGCUGAUGCAUCAAACUUGGGCCAUCGGUGCUUUGCACACCCUGUCACAGUUGGGGUCACACGCACGCACGCAUGCACCUAAGUCAUACCUACAGCUGCUGCAGAGGCAUUAAGAGGCUGAGGGAAUACACCAAACACUCCAGCACCUCUCCCAGAACCACGCAGUGUUAACCUUUUAAUCUGCACUGAAUCCGACUCUACCUGUUAACUUUUUUUUUUAAGUCCUAAGUUUGAAUGAAAGUGCGAGACUGGAACAUGGGCUACUUCUUUUCCUUGAGUUUCUCUACUCUUUAAACUGUCCUGGUUUUUCUGACAUGAAAUAUUAUAGAAGCCCAUCCAAAAAAUUUCAGGCUCCACUAAGUCAAUUUCCUGCCCUGUCGAGUUUCCUCAUCUUUCACAGAGGUGUCCCUCUGAGCCUCUUUUUGAAAUAGCACAAUUGCAAUUCUUUUCAAAGUGUUUAGUCUUCUCAACUAAUUGAGAUUGAACCCACCUCCCCUCCCAGAAACAUUCUUAGCUCGGACUCUUGUAGAACCAGUAAGAACCUAAAACUUAUCACAAGAGUCCCCCAGACGUGGCUCUAAGGCACUUGGCUCUCCCAGCAGGGACUCAAGGCCAAGCAUUGUGAGUUAAGUGCUAAGUGUGGGUUUGUCCCUCAAGCUGCAGGUGAGGGGGCUUGCAAGGCUGGGACACUGGGGCCGGGGGGUGGGGGUGGGGGGUAGGGGUGGGUAGGCACAAACCUCAAAGGGGAGGGUCCCCAGGUGGACUCUCACCCUGGAAGGAAGUAUUUCUCGGUCUUUGCUCGUUGACUCUCCAUAGUGCACAAGUGUCUAUGUAAGCAUUGAAGGUGAUGUGUCUCGUAUGCAUAUGUUGUACCUUUUUAAGUAAAGAGAUGGUGGCACCCCAGAGUGAACAUUACCGAAGGCCGUCUGCAAACUGGAGUAGGGAGCUGCUCUGCUCCCAGUGCCCCAAGAGCAGCACACGCUCUGCCCGGGAGGAAUCUUCACCCCUCUCGGUCAAACACGUGUGUAACUCCAAGUCAGCCAAGUGCGUUCUGACAACUGAAACUCUGCGGAGCAUGGAUUUGUUGGAAAGCAGCAAAAACAUUGCUCUGAGUGUGCGGAGCGGGAGACUGAUCUCCCUCCCCCGCCGAAGAAACCCGUUCGCCACCCUGUCCCCCGUGGACCCCAAAGAGGAGACGCUUGAAGGGAUUCUGCUGACGAAAGACCUCUUGCCAACUGAAUUUAUAAAGUGUUUUUGUUUUCUUACCACUAUGGCCAGUAUUUCCUGCAUUGUCUUUGUCCCACCGCCCAGGCCCAGGAAGUGUAUCUUUCAGGAUGUCAUUUUACAGGUGGAAAAAUGGUCUAUGAAAACGGGAAGCUAUUUGCAAGCAGGGUCCAUUUUCCUUCCACAGGUCGUGUCUCGAGCUCUAGCCCCAGAUUUCUGAUGCUUCGAACCAGAUGAACCCUGUUAAAAACACAACCUCUUAUUUUUCGUGACUCCAUACAUCACUUUAACCCGCCCCACGUCAUUUCUGACAUGUUGGGCGAUGUCAUGCUUUAAAAAGAAGAAAACAAAACACCUGCGAGAGUCCCUCGAAAUAACAGAUCCUCUGUAUAAGACCACCUACGCGUCCACCCCUUAUCUCUCGUGAGUGCUUCCUGUGUGCCAGGCUCUGCCCAGGAUAGAAAUGGCUGAGAACAAGACCAAUUCCCUGCCCUCGUGGAGCUGACCCCGCAACGACUAGAUAGUCCUCGCCACGCCAUUUCCUCUCUCCUAGCAAGACCCGCCUCUCUUCUAGUGCUGGGUAGAAACCCUAUGCAGAUGCUUCCAGAAAGGCUUCAAAAGGCUCAGCAGACGGAACAGCUCCUGAUCUGCGAGUUCAGUUGCUGGGCGAGUGGCUGGUUGGCAGAGAACAGCCAGGCCCAGAGCUAUGGCUGGGCGUGUUGAGACCUCCACGGUGGGAUGAGAGAGUGAGGUCGCACUGUUCCCAGAGUGACUUCAGAGGCUUUGUUGGUGCCAAUCCCAAUAUUAAAAGACAAGUACCGCGUGAACCAGAGCUGCGUUUUCUUGGGUGUUGAGAACUCGUACCGUGGACCCCCUCGCAGCCCCCAACCCCUGCUCACAGCAGCAGCGAUGGAGACCUGUGAUUCUAUCCGCAUUCAUCUCUCUGUCCGUUUCUGAACGACUGUGACCAUUCGGCAAUGAAACAAUAGUGAUUGAGUCAUUAGUAAGGUAUCAUUUUUCAUACGUUUUGUGCCAAAAUGCAUGGUAUUCCACUUAGCCUUCAAAAUGUGGCAUAGAGUAGUUUUCAAUUCCUUAUGUAUUCUCCAAAGGAAGUUGAAAAUCAGUUUUUACAUUUUAAUUCGUUUCUUGUUCAAUCUGUUGCACUCUCCCAGGCUGUUUCUUUUCUUUUCUUUUUUUUUUUUCUUUUUUCCAGCAGAACCCCCUGCAUGCAGUUGUAUAAGGACAUUCCCUAAUUCUUGUGAAUUGUCUCAUCCGCAGUAACCACUGACCAUCCAUCCUCUGUGGGAUUAUUUAGAUUUUCGGUGAAGUAUUUUGUUACCUCAGUCUUGUAUCAAGUUGCUGUAUUUUUCAGCUUGUUACACUGAUAAUACUUGUUUCACUAAUUAAAUACUUUAGUGUAUAAACCUUUUUGUUUACUUUGCAAUUAAAUGUUUUCCAAUG